AUGACGCAGCGGAAAGAUGGUUCAACCUACUCAUCAGACGACUUUACUGCAGACGUGGCUGAAGGUGCCUCUUGCAGUUCAGUUCCAGGGGUAAAGUCUGUUCCUCCUGAGGAUAGAAAGCCAAUCACUGCAGCUAUCCUGAAAGCUAUGCUGAGGGAGUUAGGAGCUAACAUCACUGCAGACAUCUCACAAUUUAAAGAUGCCUUUGCAUGUGCCACCAUGGGAAUUACCCUUCUUGAGGCCACAACUAGUACCCAGGAAACCAGGUUGGCUACUGUGGAGCAGAAACUUGGGAAGCUCCAGAGAAAGCAACAGGACAUGGAAGCCCGGGUAGAAAGUCUAAAAGACCAGAAGAGACGCUAUAACUUGAAGGUUAGAGGCAUCCCUGAAGCUGGCACUGAUGAAAUGUUGCAUUAUAUCAGGCGGCUCUUUGCAGUCAUGAUAUCACCCAAACACGCAAAACUGACGAAAAUGGAUGGCAUGUUCUGGUUACCUAAGCCACUAAAUGCCCCGAGCACUGCCACAGCUGAUCUCAUCAAUUGCUUCAAAACCACACACAAUAGAUUGCUUUUCCUCAUGGCAGUAAAGGGUAAGACCCCCAUCCCAUUUGAGGGCUAA